GUUUUAUCUCUGAUUGCGGCUCACAACAUUGUUUGUUCGCGUCAAACCUGUAGGUUCUUUGUCCAAAAUAGUGCCUUCAAUUCGAAAUGGCGCGCAUCGUUGAAGUAUGGUAGAGGAAUAACAAAGUCAUAAAACAUUGGAUUUUAAUAUGUCCUUCAGUCGUGCAAUGCGUCUUAGCUGCUGUGUCGCUAGCAUAACUGUAUUCGGAACCAAGGUGGCGUGGUCCUCUGAUUGGAGUACAGGUCAGAAGUCAUCCUUUUUCGAUCAAUUUAAAAGCUCAUUAACCAGCUUAGAUAAAAAGUUCCCACUAAUAUUGAGUGCUCAUGCUACUUGUAAUGAAAAUGUCACUAUAAAGCCAUGGAAUUGGAACUGGGAUGGAAAAAGCACGUCUGACUGUAAGACAGACUCGGCUUCGCAAAGCGAAACAGUGACAUCGAAGUCAAAAUGCACACGGCACCUUUUAUUUAUUCGUCAUGGCCAGUAUCAUUACGCCAAAGACGACUCCGACUGCCACUUGACAGGACUCGGGCGCCAGCAAUUGGACUGUACUGGGAUGCGUUUGCGAGAACUCAAUUUCCCAUAUAGAAAAGUGUACUACUCCACGAUGACGCGCGCUGUCGAAUCGGCUGAGUUGGUUUUAAAUCAUCUACCUAACGUUCAGGCAGAACCGUCAGAUGUCUUACGUGAAGGUGCUCCAUACGUCCUGGAGCCACCUCUCGCAUAUUACCAACCUACGCAAAAAGAUAUUGAAGAAGAUGGCUCCCGCAUUGAAUCUGCAUUCCAAAAACAUAUACAUCGUGCAGAUGCUGAACAAGAAGCCGACACAGCUCUGCAGUUUCCACCUGAGGCUUGGAUAAGAUUUUCGCUUGACCACGGCAGUAUUACAUGGCUUGUCAUUCGGCCUGACGGGCGCGUUACAUUGAGAUGGUUAGGAAACUCAGGACAUAUGCCUCCUGAACUCAUUACCGUACAGUAGUUGUGGGUAACAUUUGUUCCGGUGUACAGUGUACAUUACGUAAAUUUAACGCACUUUGCUUUGUAACUCUUGUAAUAUUAGAUACUUUUUCAGAUGACUAACGCAUCAUUCUUACUACUGUUUUAUCAAUCAUGCACCUUUAGUACGCAAUUGUAUGGGCUUUUACAUGGUGUUUGCUAUGAUGAGCGUAUGCAACACAAUAAUCCAGACUGGUUUGUCAGCGUUCUGAACUUAUUUUAUCUUAGUGUUUAACCCAAAGAUUGUACAAUUAGCCCCACAACAAGGGUGUUCCCACGCAUUUGGCUUCGAGCCAGUAAAAUUAGCUAGGUUGUUAUCAGAUGGGGGAGUUCCAUCGGAAAACCUGGGCGUUGAUCGAUUUCCGUUUAUGCUAACAUUUGCACUUAUAGGAAAUUACUAGUCUGCACAUCCUGGACUCACUAUUCUACUUCCAAAUAAACAGUCGUUCUAAAAAUGGUAAUCGAUGUUAUUUUACACACCAGUAGAAUCAAAUGUCACAGGCUGUCGUUAUAGCUUUAUUCAUACACUUCCUAGUAUUCUGUUCGCUCUUUAGACAUUUGUAAUUAUGAUCGCACAUAUAAAGUGGUACUGUCCUAUUCGUUAGUUGAAUAAAUAUCUUGAGUAUUUUCAAAA